UCCUCCAAGGAUACACUAUUCCUAAAGGCACAGUGGUCAUCCCCAACUUGUGGUCGGUACACAGAGACCCAGCCAUUUGGGAGAAGCCAGAUGACUUCUGUCCUGAUCGGUUUCUGGAUGACCAGGGACAACUCUUGAAAAAAGAAACUUUUAUUCCUUUUGGGAUAGGGAAGCGGGUGUGUAUGGGAGAGCAGCUGGCAAAGAUGGAAUUAUUCCUGAUGUUUGUGAGCCUGAUGCAGAGUUUCACCUUCGCUUUACCCAAAGGUUCUGAGAAGCCCAUCAUGACUGGGAGAUUUGGUCUCACACUAGCCCCGCAUCCAUUUAAUGUAACUGUCUCAAAGAGAUGAAGAUGCCACUGAGGAGAGAGGAGGGGGCAACAGCUAGAUGUGCCCUAGGCAGAAUUCCAUGCUGUUGAGCAUGGGCCCAGCAACUCAGCACUGCCAAGAGAGGCUCCAGACGAGAGACCUGGAGGAAAAGGGUGCCACCCGUGGAUGCCUCCUGCCCACCGGGAAGCAUGGAUGCUGGAUUUAAUCAUGUAGAUCCCAUCAGGAGCAGACCUUGUCUCUCACCCUCCAUCAUUUCAUGGUAAACUGAGGGUAAUGAGAUUUCUCAUGGCCUCUCUGCUAUUAAAAAAAAAAAAAAUGCUGGGCAAUUCAGAUUUG